AUGAAAGCGACCGUCGCAAAGGUUCUUGCGCACACCAAGGUGCUGUCGGCGCCGCUCGAGAAGGAGGGCGGAGGCUACCACGGCAUGAUUGACAUGUUCGACGUGGUGAGCUUCCUUAUCAGGCAAUGCGUGGAUCCCUCACACAAGGAAGAAGAAGAGAAGUACGGGCGCCACGUCACCUGGCGCGGCUGGUGCUGCGACGUGUCGCAGUUGGCCACGCACGGCGGGGAUCUCAUCAGCUCCAUCCCCGCCCUCUCCAUCGUCAACCACUCCGGGCUGAAUCCCUUCGUGACGAUGGGGAGGGACCACCAUGUCAGCGAGCUCCUGGCUACACUGAAGCGAGGCGUCCAUCGGGUGAUCGUGAUGGACGAUGGUGGCAAAGUCGAGUGCCUCGUUUCGCAGUCGGACGUCUUGUGUCUGCUCGAGGAGUGCAUCAAGUCCGCCUACCCUCAUCUGGCCGAGAAGACUGUCGCGGAGCUGGGCUUGAACGCUAGGCCGAAGCCGUCGCUCUUCACCGUGAAUGUCAUGGCUCGCACCUUCUACGCCUUUCACCAAAUGCUGGACCACAAGGUCUCAGGCGUGGCGGUGGUGGACGACGCCGGCGUCCUCGAGGGCAACAUCUCGGUGAGCGACCUCCGAGGCUUGGCGGCCACCGAUCUCGGGUCUCUCCUGCUGCCCGUCAGCCGCUUCCUCAAGGAGAGGGUCAAGCAAGAGGUGCCCGUCAUGUGCUCGGCCAAGACCACAUUCGGCACCGUCCUACACAGACUUGUCCACCACGGCCUACACCGCCUUUGGUGCACGGAUGUCAUGCAACGGCCCAUCUCGGUCGUGUCGCUCACCGACGUGCUGAGGAUCGUCGACCAGCGCGCCCUGCACCUCCAGGAGAAGCACCUCCAGGCCGCCGAAGCCGCCCUCACGUGA